AUGGCUUCCCCAGCAGAAGAUAAGCUCAAGCCCUCAUCAGCUUCGAACAAGAAGGUGAUCUGGGUGAACGGCUCUAGUCCGCAGGGGAAAAGUUUCGUGACCCCACCACAAUCUCGUAAGAAGGUCGGGAGUCCGGAUGCAUUCCUGCCAACCCCACCGGCGCCGGCAAAGAGGAUUCGCAGAUCGUCGGUGACUGUGGCGGAUGAAGAUCCAAAUGAUCCAAUUUUGCCCUUGCAUCUCAAGCUCAAGGAGACCAGCAAGCAUGACGAUGCCAUCGUCGACCCCUCCCUCGGCUGCAAGCAGGAGAUUGGUGCGGCCGAAACGGUGCCUGGUGGCGACAAGCCUAAGGAAGAGGUGAUCUUUGACAACGACACUAGCAGUUCUGAGGAUGAAAAGUAA